CCGAGGUGCAGGGAUUAGCUGAGCUGAAAGCUACUUUAUUGCACAAGUCCUGAUAACUCAGAUGGACAAACCAUUUGGACUAGUACAGUCCCCUAUUUUCUUGACCUUGGUGAUUUUCCUAAGCCAUGGCGCAGCCAUACAAAGAAACGCUACAGUCCUUGUGCUCGGUGGUGGGAUAUCAGGAAUUGCUGCUGCGAAGACAUUGAGCGAUAUGGGAAUUAACGAUUUUGUGAUUUUGGAAGGCACAGAAAGAAUUGGUGGAAGAAUGAGGAAGACGAAAUUCCAAGGGACAACUAUCGAAAUGGGCGCAAACUGGAUUCAAGGAGUCAAGGGAAAUCCAAUCGAGAGACUGAAAGAGAUAUGUGGAUUGCAAGGAAAGGUUGAAAACAGAUCAUUUGUUAUUAGAAAUGAAACCGGAAAUAACACUACUGAGAGAGGAAAAAUGGCCCUUCUGAAACAUGAAGAGGAUGUAUUGAACAAAAUGAUUGACAUGCGCCGGCAGAUGGGUGGUGCAGACAUUUCUGCUCGAGUUGGUCUGCGUCUUACAGACUGGCUUCCAUCAAACCCGGAAGAAAUGGCUACAGAGUACUUUGAAUAUGACUUUGAAUAUGCUGUUCCACCUAAAUACGUUUCUCUCCGUGCAGGAAUAGCCAACCAUGGAAUUAUUCAUUCAGUGGGUGGGGAACAGUUUUUUGUUACUGACCCUAGGGGAUAUGUGCAUAUUGUGGACUGUCUAGCAGGAAUGUUUCUGGAACCUAGAGAUUCCCGUUUGCAGUUAAACACAACUGUCGAAGAAAUAAAAUGGAGUGAAAAUGGCGUUAAUGUCGUCACCGACAAUGGAGAUGUGUACAAUGCAGAUUACGCGUUGCUAACUUUUAGUAUUGGUGUCCUGCAGAGCGGAUUGGUGACGUUCACACCUCAACUCCCUGAGUGGAAGUUAGAAGCUAUUUUUAAACUCAAUAUGGUGAUUUACACCAAGAUUUUUAUCAAAUUUCCGUCAAAAUUCUGGGAUGAUGAAGAAUACAUUCUCUAUGCUUCUCAAAGGAGAGGAUACUACACAAUGAUGCAGAAUUUGGAAGCUAAUUCUCGGCUACCCAAAGGGACUAACAUUCUACUGAUAACUGUCACAGAGGAAGAGUCUGUUAGGCUGGCCUACCAGUCCAAUGAAAAGACCCAAGAAGAAAUCAUGGAAGUAUUAAGAGGUAUGUAUGGAAAGAACAUUCCAGAGCCAAUAGACAUUUACUAUCCCAGAUGGGGACUUGACAGGUAUUUUUUUGGAUCCUGGGCAAACCUACCCAUUGGAAUUUCUAGGCAAGACUAUGUUAAUCUUCAGGCACCAGUCAAGCAGGUGUUUUUUGCCGGAGAAGCAACACACGAGUUGUACAAUGGUUACGUCCAUGGUGGAUACUUGACAGGAGUGGAGCAAGCAAAAAACAUAGCAAAGCAUGUAAAAACUGGAUCUUUUAAUGAUGAAAACAAGGCAGUCAUCUAACAGUAAUGUGUCUAAAUAGAAAAUGUAUGCCGGAGGACAGCACUAAUUUAAAUCAAAAACAAAUUGAAUCAAGAUGACCUUCACCUUGUUACAUGCCAGAUCCACAUACUCUUGAUAAAAUAUAUCACUUCUUGAAUUAUUCUUUCACCUUAUUGUACAUCAGAAUAUUAUACACAUGAUAAGCAUUUCAUAUUUUGUAGUUCAAAUAUUCAAUAUUUUCCUUGAAAAACCAAAAAUAUUAUUGUAUUUCACAGAUUCAUGUUUGUGAUCCAAUGUUCAACAAAUUUAAAAGUUUAGGUAGAUGGAUCUACUCUUGUAAAGGAAGAGAAUCAGAUAACAAGGCUCUACACUUUAGUUAUUUGAAGGUUACUGGC